AUGGCAGAGCGACGCAGGCUAUACACGGAAGAAGACAUGCAAGUCGACGACGACAUGCACGACGAUCAGGAACCCAUCAACUCUGUUCAGGAACCCGCCAGGAUACCCGCUCACGAAGGGGACCCCUACAUGUUUGCUUCCGCUCCGUUCGAUUCAGCAGAUGACGAUAUGCUUGAAGAGGAACGUCUUGCAGCAUGCGAACCGCCAGUCGACCCACUUUCACGAGAUGGACAAGAAAAGUUAUCGCCAGAGGCCGCCGCGCUCAAAAUUGACGUACUUCGGAAGUUUCACGAACCGCCGGUCACUGUCCCUUGGGAUGACGUACCAGGAGCUGAUUGGAGUGCCGAAAGUGAGAGGCCGCCGAGUGGCACAGUAAACUGCGAAAACGGAGCAAAGGGGGCAUGGAACUGUCCCAACCCCGGGACGUGGGGCGAUUAUUACAUCUCGUCCAAGAAAGCCGCAUGCCCUGGAUGUGGCCAAGGGAGGGCUUCACAUAUCAAUGAACCCGACCGAAUGCGCUGGGACAUCGCCGCGCCAAAGGAAAAAACAACCGGAGAAGAGCAGGGUAAGACGAAGAAGGGGACCGGGUGGCUGUUGUUCAAGAAGGUCACCGGGCUCAUCGGAGGAAUUACUACUGCACCAUCCAGAUCCGCAAGACCCCGCCCGCCAACACAUCACAGCAACAAAUCUACCCAUUUGUUCCGUGCACUGAUCGCGUUCGGCUACCCGAUCCCCGAAGCGUUGAGAAUAGCUACAAACCCGUUCCGUAUGGAUGGAGAAGCCAGUUCAAAGGUGAUGGAUAUCGUCGCAUGGCUGAGAAAAGAGGGUCGAUGGGGCAAGAUCGAUCUGGGUUUGGGAACUAAGAGGUUCGACAUCGCGCUCCUGGGUCAAAACAGUCACAGUAGCAGCGUCUCCAGGAUGAACAGCGACGAGCUCAUUUCCAGGGCUUUCCCUGAUCGGCACGACCGAUAUGAGGAAUCCAAUGACGAUGAAUUCGAAACUAGGGACAGCGACUACGGCGAUUGCACACUUGAACAACUCAUCAGGCUCGCCGGACUGGCAUUUCCCUCCAAACGUUUUGACACCUAUUCAUAUGAAGCGAUGCGAACCGAGUACGACAAGUAG